GCUGCUAUUCUGGGAAGUGGCGUUUGGAAUAACCCCCGUGUGCGUACGAGUGUGUGUGUGCGUGUGUCUCCUGAUUUCACCCUCACACACGCACACAUACACACUCACAACAGAGUCAGCCGCGCACACUUUACUGUCUGUCUGACUGCAGCAGCGGCAGCAGAAAUCCGGUCGGAAAGGAUUCCUUCCAUUUUUACGCGCAACUUUUCCUCUUUCGGCCGCCUCGCCGCGACGUUUCCCCCGACUCUUGUGGAUUUCUAACCCCGGUCUCCUGGCUGUUUCCAGUGGACAACCAGCGAGGUGUCACCCCGGACUCGGGUCUCCUGUCAGAGGGUUUCUUGUUGUCGUUUUCGCUCAGGAGGGGAGACGCGCAGCCGGAGCGCAGACGGAAGGAGCUGUGACGAGUUGUGGACUUUCUAAACCGGGCCAGAGGACUAACGGCUACACCAGGAUGGCCACGUGAGGACACUUCCUGUCGGGACUCCGGCUGAAACCAAACAGGUUUGAUUGAGAAAACUGGAUGACUUUCGAAGCUAAAGAAAGAGGAUCAACAAGCACUUUCCCCUAAAGAAAAUCACUCAAGGAUUCCUCUGUCUUUGGAUGAACUGGACAGAAAAACAACGCACAGCGACAUUAGUGUUUACAAAAUGGCAAAAGGAGAGAGACGUUUCUGAUGUUAUCCUCUAAGGCUCCCCUUUUACUCCCACUCUCUGAUUCCUGUUUCCAGCCUGGCUUUCCAGUCAGUCUAUUUCUGCAAUGGACGGGUACUUCCUGUUUCUGUGAACUUGUUGGCAGCCAUCAAAGGUUCAGCUAUCAUGCCUGGUAGUUUUGGGACCUUGUAACCCUUGAAAAACCCACCCUCCCAACUCCCCCACCAUCCCCUCCCUCCUUCCUCUUCUAACCCCCGGAAGAGCUUCACAAAAAUGGAGGCUCGUGAAUCAGGGCCGAGAUGCUCAAAUAAGGACCUAGUGAAGGAGAAGGCACCUCUUCAAAGAAAGUGGGCAUCGGAGCCUUCUGCUAACACAAAACGAAGCACUUUUGCUGACCCAGACUCAAAACACCGUGAGAGUUUGCCGUGUGGUGCCGCGGUUGGAUCAGCACCUCAGCAGAAGUACGCAAUUACAGGGAAUUCUGGGAAGCUGCUAUCAGGACCUUCUGCAGUUGGGGCCAUUGGAGGCCCACCAUCUCAAGAUUCCCAAGGGCCCUUUGCACAGGGGUUCCCAAGGGGAUACUCCUACCAGCUUGGCCAGCCGUACCCUCAGCACCCCCAACCUGAGCGCUUCCUCUCAGGAGCCAAACCCCAGCCAGGUCUAGAGCCUCAUGCCUGGCCUUUUGCUGGCCAGUUGCCCUCAGAUGAUCUGUACCCUGUAGGACACCCAGGACACACUCAUCCUCAUGGGGCUGGGGCAGGGAGGUUUCCCCGCCAGAAAUCUCCCAGUUUACCCAGCUCUUUCGGACAGUAUUCUCAGUCGGGCCCUGAGCCUGGAGAGGAGGGCUACAGCAAAAAAGAGCUGAAGCCGAAAAAGCCCGGAAAGUAUAUCUGUCACUACUGCGGACGAGCUUGCGCCAAACCCAGCGUCUUGAAGAAGCACAUCCGUUCACAUACUGGAGAGAGGCCGUAUCCAUGUGUACCAUGUGGCUUUUCCUUCAAAACCAAGAGCAACCUUUACAAGCAUCGCAAGUCCCAUGCUCAUGCCAUCAAGGCUGGACUCGUACCAUUUUCAGAACUAGCUGUGGCUCGCAGUGGGGACAUGGACCAGGCCUCUCCAGGCGGGGAUGCUGAGGUCCACUCAGAUGGAGAGCAGAGUACUGACACCGAUGAGGAAGGUGUGGAUGGCUCCACCAUGCUGACGGACAAAGACAGCCCCAUCCCGCACAUCCCCUUUGGUGCUGACAAGAAUACAGGUGGUGUGGAGCCGGCAUAUGCAGACUCAGCUGAAGAGCUACUUGUGGGAUCUAUGAAAGUGCCUAUCCUUAUUGUACCCAAGAUUGGGGGAGUCCCCUCCACAGGAAUGGAGUGCCCUCCCUUUCAGGACAUAAAGGCGUCACACCACAUGAUGGCAUCACAUGGUGGCACAAGAGCGCAUUCACUGGAUGACUCCCCUUCCAUCAAACAACGUUUAGCCCUGAGGAUAAAUGAGAAAAAAGGUCAGGACUCGGACUCUGCCAUGUCCCAGUCCUUGAACCUCCUCAGUCCUCACAGCAAGGGCAGCACAGACUCUGGAUACUUUUCCCGCUCUGAGAGUGCAGAGCAGCAGAUCAGCCCUCCAAAUAAUAAUGUCAAGACGUACGAAGAGAUUAUGUUUGGUCGGACUUGGUACGGCCGACCCGACUCCAGAUCCAGACAGUCUAUUGCAGUUGGCAUGGCAGGGGCAGACCCCAGCAGCCUAACGAGCUUAAAGCAAUCAGGUGCUAUUCUGGAGAUGGGGAAGAUAGCUGAGGAUCAUAUCUGUUUCAGGGGAGAUGUAGGAGUCUCAGGAGAUCCUAAGCAGUAUCCAACAGGACCCUGUCAAAGCAGUACAGGCCUUCUCGAGCCUCCAUCAGAUUCUGGACAACUUAUUAGGAGUAACUCCAUGCCAACUUCCUCCCCCUCUAACCUAAGUGUGCCCCCAUCAAUUCGAGGCAGCCACUCAUUUGAUGAGAUGAUGGCGCCGGAUGAUGUGUUUUACCCACCAGGGCGCAGACUCACAAGACAGGCUGCAUUUGAACACUCAGCCAAUGAAGCCCAUGUAGGGGAGGCUGAGGGCUUUGGACACAUGCCCAAGAAUAUAGCUUCAUCCUUGGGUAUGAAGCUUGUUGAGCGCAACCCAGGAAUCCCUGAGCACAUUUCCUACAGCCCAUAUGGUACUAAAAUUAGCAUGUCAGAAAUAGCCACAAGAAAAAGGAGGAAAGAGAAGAGUGUUGGUGAUGAAGAGGACAGCCCCGGGCACUGCGACAGUAGCUGUAGUGGUUCAGUGGAGAUGAUAGGGGACUUCGAGUUUAAACAGGGUAGUUUUGAUGGGUCGAGGGGCACUCCAACAGGAAAGGGCUCUCUUCACAGCGCUCACAGCCAGUCUGACAGCUUUGACACCUGUACCAGCAUGUGUUCUGAGGACAUUGCAUUAUUUCCUGACUCUGAGGGCAGGAAGGCAGCUGUGAAUGUCAUAUCAGUCAUCCAGCACACCAACUCCCUCAGUCAGCCAAAUUCCUUUGAGAAGUCAGAGUCCUUUGAGCAUCCAGGAUAUCAUCCUUCAGAGAAAGCUCUAUCUAGCCAGUACUCUGAACAAUCUGACACCGACAUCUUUGAGGAUGCUCUGAGUCCUGAAUCCGCCUUACCACCUAGGGCAGAGAGUACAGAGCAGCAGCUGCAGAGUGACAGCGACCUCGCCUCCCUUUCAUCCUCGUCAGCUGCACCAUCCCCUGGCCAGCCUUAUCAAGUCCCGCCCAAGCUAGUCCGACAACCCAACAUCCAAGUUCCUGAGAUCAGGGUUACGGAGGACAAAGAUACAGAAUUUCCAAUGGCGAAGGAACCGGAGAAGCAGCCGCAGCAUGUGGAGGAGUUCCAGCUGCCACAGAGGAGUGAUACACUCGCUCAGAUGCCAUCGGAAAAGCUACCACCCAAGAAGAAGAGGUUGCGCCUGGCGGAUAUGGAGCACUCGUCAGGGGAAUCCAGCUUCGAGUCAACGUGCACAAGCCUUUCUCGCAGCCCCAGUCAGGAGAGCAACCUUUCCCACUCCUCUUCCUUCUCCAUGUCCUUUGACAGAGAGGAAGGCCUCAAGUCUGCCUCACCCACCAAACAGGAUGAUUCUUCGACUGCUGGCAGUGGACCAAAGCAGUCGGAGUUCCUGACGGUACCUGGCAGCGGUCAUUCCAGCCACCACCAGCAGAGGGAGAUGAGGAGAUCUUCAUCAGAGCAGGCACCGUGCACACUGCCCACAGAGUUUCCUGAGAUGCGCAGCAAAUCAUUUGACUACGGAAGCUUGUCCUCCUCCAGACAGGGAGAGAUAUACUCGAGUGCCUCUGCAAUGAAGGAACGCCGGCGAGGAUUACUUGUCCGACAGGCUUCACUGAGUGUUUAUCCAGAGGCAGUCGUCCAGGAACCACUGGGUGCUGAGAUGUCGAUCAAACAGGAGGUCCUGGAACAUGGGGCAUGGCCCGGCCAAACAGGAUCCCCCCACAUCAGCAGCGAUAUAGCCGGCAGAACAAAGAGAGUUGGCAGUAGCACUGGUGGUAUGGGAUCUCACCAACACCAACAUCAGCACCUCCUCCAGCAGAGUAUCAGCGAGGACAGCCUGCAGGAUGAACCUCUCUAUGCCAGGUCCCAUCAGCAUCGCCUGCAGGCCCAGGGCUCGUCAUCUGAGGGAGAAUAUCAAGGUCAUGAGGUCAUGAAUAAGGAAGUAAUGCAGCAGUACACGAGUGGUCCUCCAUAUCUUUCCUACCAGCAACCAGGGAUGUUCUGGGGUCAGGAGGCCAGUCAGGCAUCCAGACAGCAGCUGACCCUCCAGGCCCAGCAGCAACUCCAAAAACUCCACAUCAGAUCACCAGGCUCCGUGUCUGGACACCCACUGCACAAACAACAGCCACUCCACUGCCUGCAGCAAAUCCACGAUCAGCUUCCACAUGAUGGAAAAUCAGAAAGCCCAAGUUCUCAGAUGUAUGCUGCCUCUUUAUCAUCUCGCACCUCUCCCCUGUCCCAACAGAACUUUGCUUCUGUUUCCUCAAAUCAUUCACUACCUAGUACCACUACCACCUCCAUGCUUCUGCAACAAGUCCAACCUGUCUUUGCUACCCAAAACCUGGGCUCCCAGGCUGCUCUACCUGGUAUGGUGGUUCCUGUGCGGAUCCAAACCCAUGUGCCAUCUUAUGGUAGUGUUAUGUACACCAGUGUUAGCCAGCUGAUGGCUACCCAUGGAAGUGGGGCACAAGGGGUUGGCUCAGCCAGGCCUGGCGGUGCUGACAACAACAACAUGUCUCAGCAAAGUGUCAGCAAACCACCUGGAGGAAUUGGAGGAGGCAUAAGUGGGGCAGGUUUCAACUUAUCACACUUCCUCGGACAGACUGAUGGUUCAACGCUGCGGUACCCUCCCUGGAAGGCUCCAGAUUCACUACCAGAGCAACGCUUAAACACGGGGAUCCCAUUGUCACUAACAUCAGGCACCAUAUCCACCACAGAUGCCUCAGGAUCUGGCAUCGGAGGCAGCAAGCGCAUGCUUUCCCCCACCAGCUCUCUGGAGCUCUUCAUCGAGACUAAGCAGCAGAAAAGAGUGAAGGAGGAGAGGAUGUAUGGACAGAUAGUCAAGGAAAUGAGUGCAGUAGAGCUGAGUGGAAGUGAAAGCGGUGGCAAGCCGGAGAAGGGCAGAUGUCAGCGAGUCCGUCUGAAGAGCGAGGGAUCCAUGGAUGAUUCUGAAAGGAUGUCCUCUUCUCCUCCACUAAGUGACUUCUCCGUUGCCACCAAGAUUUCUAUUCCUGUCAGAUCCUCCGCCCCCCACCUGCCUGAUGUUCCCCGGGCCGAGAGCUUCACUCCUCCUCUUCAGAUUGUCACAGAUCGUUCACCUGCUUCAGGUGGACGGGACUCCCCGGAGGAGCUCGAUGUGGACGAUUCAAUCCCAGAGUCCAGCUCCAGCCCCCAGUCCAUGGUGUCGUCCAACGAUGCCGAGGACACUGACAACACCGAUCAGCCCAGACCCGGUAAAGUCCCUGUCAACAUGCUAGUUCAGCUAGCUGCCAACCAAAGCGCAGGAUUAUCUGGAGCGAUGGGCCAAGCGUUGCUUCUAAACGACGUGGCUGACCUCCAGCAGUUUUUCCAGUUCCCAAGCCUGCGCACUACGAGCAGAGUCAGCUGGUGUUUCCUGAACUACACCAAACCCAACAGCUCCCAAACUACCUUGCACAGCUCCGUCUACAACUCGUGGUGCGUGAGCUCAUACAACCCCAAUCCUCUGAACCUCAGCACCAAAGCUGCCUUGGCCCAGCUGAGGUCCAAACAGAGGAGGAACACUGAUUGGAUUUACUCAACAGCAGCCAUGUCGCCUCCCAGCUCUGGAAAGCUGGUGUCAUCUGUGGCCUGGAAGCUGAGGUUUGAUCAGUUGAAACCGGAGUUGAUGCCAGUUGAUGUCAGUCAUUUCGGCAGGAAGAUGAAGGGGGUCGUGUCGUGGGAUCGUUCGAAGGAGGAGCAGGUAGAGAAGGAGGUCUCGGCCAAACAACCCUCCGCCGAACCGACGCGCAUCAAGAUCUUCGAAGGCGGGUAUAAAUCCAACGAGGACUACGUUUACGUUCGAGGUCGCGGUCGGGGGAAAUACAUCUGCGAGGAGUGCGGCAUCCGCUGCAAGAAACCGAGCAUGCUGAAGAAACACAUCCGCACACACACCGACGUCCGGCCCUACGUCUGCAAGUUCUGCAACUUCGCCUUCAAGACCAAAGGAAACCUGACGAAGCAUAUGAAGUCUAAGGCUCAUAUGAAAAAGUGUCUGGAGUUGGGAGUCUCCAUGUCUUCAGUGGAGGACAACGAGGCGGACGAAGGAGAUGUCGGAGAGGAAGGCCAGCGGUGUGAGAAGAUGUCUCGAGGCUCGAUGGAUCACCAGUUCUCCGACGCCGACGACUCCGAGGACGACGGCGACGACGUGGACGAUGACGACGAAGACGAGGAUGACUACGACGGCGACUCCACCCCGAAGACCCGCUCUCGCUCCACCAGCCCUCAGCCCUUCAGCCUGCCCUCCAUGUCCAUCACCGCCGUGGCCUCCUCCCACCCUCACCUCUCUCACCCCUCUGACCUCCUGGGGAGCGCCAACAAGCCGCCGCUGUUCGGCUACUUCACCACCUUGCCGAGCAUACAGAUCACUCCGCAGGCUCAACCCGGCGUCCACAGCCAGGCGGAGUACCAGAGGAGCCGACUCCUGGCCGCCCCCUCCAUGGAUGAAGACAUCCCCUCUCCGGACCCGUCCUCUCGCCUGUCCUCUCCCGGGUUAGACAUCCCCCGCUGCCCGUCCCCGAUCUCCCCUUCUUCGUCGCCGUCGGCCCGUCGAUACCUCUCCCCGCGCCGCGACCUGUCGCCCCGCGCCGGACACCUUUCCCCCCGGCGGGACCUCUCCCCAAUGCGUCAUAUCUCCCCCAAGAGGGACCUUGCAGGGGGCUACAGGCGAGACCUCUCCCCCAGGAGGGGUCACCUCUCGCUGCUCUCCCCUCUUACUCGGCCAACAUCUCCAGCGGGACGGGACUACAAGAGAGACCUUUCGCCCCGAGAACGUCACCGGGCGAUGAUCCGGCCGGUCUCCCCCCGCCGGGGGCUGCACCAACACCUCCACCACCAGAGCCAGCAGAGUGGAUCUCGGGGCCUGAGGCAGGGUCACCAGGCGGGGGCGUUGGGUCAGGCGGAGCUCGGCCUUCUGGGACGUCGCAGAACCGGUGCCGAGAUGGAGACGGAACAUUGUCUAGAAUCUUUGUCGCCUGGGGAACGGGACCAGGGCAGUAACCGCGGUAACCAGUCCAGCCCACCUCACCAAAUCCUGUUUAGUCACCUUCCUCUCCACUCCCAACUCCAGGUGCGUUCUCCGUUCCCGAUGAUCCCCAUCGGAGGGAUCCAGAUGGUACACUCCGUCCCCACCUCCGUCACCUCCCCUCUGAGCCAGCAGGGGGCACCACCACCUGCCUCCCGCCUGAUGCUGCAGAAAAACACUUCGGAGGACUCCACCAUCAGCGAGGCCUCUCAUUUCACCUCCCUUGAAGAGAGGGAAGUCGGAGCAGGAGGGGUGAGGCAGGAGCAGGAGGAGUACAUCCAGACCUGCACCAAGGCCAUCGCCUCCCUCUGCAUCGACUCGCAGGAGAGAAUAGCAGGUGGAGGUGGAGGAGGCGCCAGAACUCCUUCCUCCUCUUCCUCGUCUGAACAGCCAUCCAUCUCCAGGUCGCCGUCAUCUCCUCACCCUUCGCCGUCUCCUCCUCAAGAUCCCGGGAAACAGCACUUUAGCUCCUCCUCCUCCCUUCCUCCCGAAACCUUCCACCAUCCAACAGUAUCCAAACCUCUGAUGCUGGAGAGGGAAAAGGAGGUGGAAAGCACAAAGAGAAGCAAAGACGUAUCGUAGGGAGGAGAGGAAACCAUGGAUUUUUUGGAUAAUAGGAAGGGAUGAAGUGCAACAGAGAGAGAAAAAUGACUUUUGCACACUUUACACAUUUUCUCCUACAUCACUUUAUACAUGCAUACACUCUCUCUCUCUCUCACACACACACACACACACACACACACACACACACACACACACACACACACACACAUGGAUACAAAGAAAAACAGCUCUUGUCAAAAAAAGACUUUAAUGUACUUCAUGCCUGCUCUCAGAAACUUUUCUUAUUUAAAGACUUUUAAAGAGGAUCUGCAUACGGUUACACAUGUACUCCACCAAUUAAAUCUGCUAGGAUAAAGGAAGAGGACUGGGGUUAAGCGGUACGUUAAAACAAAAAGACAGCUACGUGUGUGCCUUUUCUUUCAUCUUUAUCGUCGUUUUUUUUGCUUAUUUUUCUUAUAAGCAAACAAAGCAGGAAGGUAAAAUGUAAAUACAAUACUAUCAGCUUUGUAAUAAAUGCAAUCCCCUCCCCCUCCCACUUGUUUGACCUCCCCCACCUCCUGUGUUUCGGACACCUUAAAGUCUCGACAAGCGAUGUGAAGUUAUGGAUAUUACUAUUACGUACGGUUGCACUAAAACAUAUUUUUAUAUGAGUGAAAUUUUAAAAAAUGGCUUUUUUUUCGUGUACAGCAGCAGUUCUAUAAUACUAUUUAUUAUUAUUGUUACCAUGUUUCAUAAAUUGUACAUUUUUUCUUAAAUGUCGUGGAUGCCUUUUUCUAUGUAAAGCAUGGGGUUUUUUGCUAUGGCUUACAUUAGGGCGAGGAUAUGUACACUGUAAUAUGGCUUUAUAUGUUAGACCUAUUUAUAUAUGUCUAAGUGAGGAGGUAUAUACACAUAGAAGUAAGAUUUACCAGAUAUUUACCCAGCAUAUGAAUACAUACGGUAUAUAGAAUCUAUCAUCCAUCCGUCUAUCUAUCCAUCUACCCAUCUAUCAUCUAUCCAUCUACCCAUCUAUCUAUCUAUCUAUCCAUCUAUCAUCUAUCCAUCUAUCCAUCUAUCUAUCUAUCCAUCUAUCCAUCUAUCAUCUAUCCAUCUAUCCAUCUAUCCAUCUAUCCAUCUACCCAUCUAUCCAUCUAUCUAUCCAUCUAUCCAUCUAUCCAUCUAUCUAUCUAUCUAUCUAUCAUCUAUCAUCUAUCUAUCUAUCCAUCUAUCUAUCUAUCUAUCCAUCCAUCCAUCUAUCCAUCUACCCAUCUAUCCAUCUAUCCAUCUAUCUAUCUAUCUAUCUAUCUAUCUAUCUAUCUAUCUAUCUAUCUAUCUAUCUAUCUAUCUAUCUAUCUACCUACCUAUCUAUCUACACUUAACAUAAGGUAGUUUGCUUGUACAUUUUUCUCCUAGUUGUGAUUUUUCCUCGUUUUUUACUCACUUUUUCGUGGAAUUAUAUCUUCAGAUUUUUACGAUGCACAGACUCAGCAUUAAGUGAAUGAACUUGCCUUUUCUUGCACCGUGGUGUUCUGCUCAAUUAUCUGUGUUUUUUUUUUUUUUAACCCCAACCCCUUUUUCCCGAUCGCGAAUAUCGAUGUCACGCUAUAACAGGAAGCUCCACUUUCUAAAAAAUAUUUCUUGAAUGAAGACAGUUUUAUUCGUCGGAUAUCUGAACGGGGAAACAUUCCAGUCCUUGUAAAUAUUCAGUCCCUUUACACACAUUGUUCUGGCAUUGAUGCAAUGGCAAUCAAACCCUCUGAAUCCUUAUUUAAUUGCUUUAUUUCUGGGGACGCAUACACCAAACUCUCUGACGAAUGCACCUUAUAUUUCUUAGGAUCUCCGAUAUGAACGUCCCCGCACUCUGAUCUUUUAGUUUUGUUUUUGCAGCAAACUUGGAUUGAAAUGGAAAUGUUUAGGAGUGCUCUGAGCCCCAGAACUGUCUGAAAAAUAAUCAUAAUAAUACUUUGUGACAUUGAGGCUUUCUGCACUGCUUUUUCUUUGGCCCUCCUCCUCCUCCUCCUCCUCCUCCUCCUCCUCUUUGUAGCUAAGCAAUAUUUAGCCGAAACUCUGCUCACCAGCAGGGAGUGUAUUUGUUGCAAGGCAACGAUAAGCGUUCUUAAAAAUCCUAAAAUCAGGAGACGAAAAGGAGCGGUGAUUUCAGUGACACAACUCUUUUGUCUUUGGACAGUUUUGGGUGGAGUCGGGCAGGCUGCAAUGUGAGUGUGUAUCUCUGUACUCUGUAUCGGUGUGUAUCGACCAGUAUAUCCUCUUCUUACGACUCUUUUCUAUUUCGAUCCUCCCUCUGUUAUGUACACUUAUCAAGACGACAAUGAUGUCUUUAAAAAAAAUCUCUUUCUCUCUUUCAAAGAUAUCAAAAAGCACAAGUCAUUGUAUAGGAAUGACGACAAUACAAAAACAAGAAAAAGACAAAAAAAGGUAAACGUUUAAAGGGGUAACUUUUGUGAUGGUGUUCUGUGGAAUUAAUACAUAUAUCAUGUAUGACCCCAGUGGCAACGAGGAAUCGCAGUAGAAGUGGAAAAAUGGAUUGUUGUUUUCAAAUAAAUAUGAAUAGAAUCA